AUGCUGAAGGAAUUGGUGGAGAAAUCUAAAUCUGCUGAACUCUCUGACUCGGAGAAGAAGAUUAUGAUCCUUAAAUAUAUUGUUAAAACCCAGCAGCGAAUGCUCCGCCUCAAUGUCCUCUCUAAAUGGUGCCAACAGGUUCCUUUGAUACAAUACUGUCAGCAACUUGCGUCAACUCUAUCAAGUCACGAUACAUGCUUCACCCAAGCUGCAGAUUCAAUGUUUUUCAUGCACGAGGGGUUACAACAAGCUCGUGCUCCUGUCUAUGAUGUUCCAUCUGCGAUUGAAGUUCUUCUUACUGGAACUUACCAGCGUUUGCCUAAAUGUAUAGAGGAUGUGGGUACACAGGGCACAUUGAAUGCAGAUCAGCAAAGUCCAGCUUUGAGGAAACUAGAUUCACUUGUCAGGUCUAAGUUACUUGAAGUUUCACUUCCGAAAGAAAUUACUGAAGUUAAGGUUUCUGAUGGUGUUGCCUUGCUUCGUGUUGAUGGUGAAUUUAAGGUUCUCGUUACCCUUGGUUACCGAGGACAUUUGUCAAUGUGGAGGAUAUUGCAUUUGGAGCUGCUUGUUGGUGAGAAAAGUGGGCUUGUAAGGCUGGAAGAGUCGCGACGGCGUGCUCUUGGAGAUGAUUUGGAACGCAGAAUGGCUGCUUCAGAAAACACAUUCAUGACAUUAUAUUCCAUUCUUCAUGAUCUUUGUGUUGCCCUCAUUAUGGACACUGUUAUAAGACAAGUGCAAGCACUUAGGCAAGGCAGAUGGAAAGAUGCAAUUCGGUUUGAGCUGAUAUCUGAUGGGAGUAGUGGACAGGGAGGGAAUGCUACCUCGACCCAGAUCACUCAGGAUGGAGAAACUGAUUCAGUUGGUUUACGAACUCCUGGAUUAAAAAUUAUAUACUGGUUGGAUUUUGAUAAAAACUCAGGUGCAUCUGGCACAGGAACAUGCCCAUUCAUGAAAAUUGAACCUGGUCUAGAUUUGCAGAUUAAGUGCCUUCAUAGCACAUUUGUGAUUGAUCCUCUGACUGGCAUGGAGGCUGAAUUUUCCCUUAACCAAAGUUGCAUUGAUGUGGAAAUGUUGUUACUUAGAGCUAUUUACUGUAAUAAAUAUACUCGUCUGCUUGAGAUUUGUAAGGAACUGGAGAAGAAUGACCAGAUAUGUCAAGCUCCUGGAGAUGUCCAACUUCAGUUCUGUACAGGCGAAUGUGAUGCUGACAACGUAAAGAAGGUUAACAUAUUCAGUUCCCAGAAGUACGAGGGCCAGGAAAUUCUAUGCGUGCGUGCCUAUGGUUCAUCAUUUUUCACCCUUGGAAUAAACAUAAGGAAUGGUAGGUUCCUCCUCCAUUCAUCCAAAAAUAUUAUACCCUCGUCAGCGCUGCUAGAAUGUGAAGAAGCUUUGAACCAGGGAAGUAUGACUGCAUCAAAAACUUUCAUUAACUUGCGGAGCAGUGCUAUUUUGCACCUGUUUGCUUGCAUUGGCAGGUUCUUAGGCCUUGAGGUAUUUGAACACGGUUUUAUGCCUGUGAAGGUUCCAAAGAACAUUACAGAUGGUUCAAAUUCAUUAAUCUUGGGAUUCCCAGAAUGUGGGAGCUCUUACUUUUUGCUGAUGCAACUCGACAAGGAAUUCAAACCGCUUCUUAGAUUAAUAGAAGCUCAGGCAAAUUCCACAGGGAAAGGUCAAUCUUUUGACAACAUGAAUAAUGUCAUUCGAGUAAAUAAUGUUGACAUUGGUCAGAUGCAUAUGUGUGAAGACGAACUCAAUUUGAGUCUUCUUGACCGUCGAAAGAUCCUUACUAUUCUUAAUGAUGUUGAUGGUAGCCGAAUUUCUGAGCAUGAUCCCUUUGACUCCAGCAUUGAAAAUUUCACGCUUCGAUCUAAUUUGCCAUUAAGUUUUUCCUCCAUUGUUGAUGAGGUAUUUGAGCCUGAGAAGGGGUCAAAUGCCCAUUCAUUUUCUGGCCAUGGUUCCUCUUCAAAUUUUGGCACAUCUUUCACAUCUCAUUUUGGCUUGGGUCCUACGAACCUUCAUAAUGUAAAAACUGGAAAAUCUUCCCCUAGUUGGGAAGGUGCACAUAUACUGCUAGACACUGGAAGCAAAUCUAAGGACUUAGUGCAGUCUGGUUCCACGAAUUCCUUAAUUACAGCUCCAGGGAGAAGCCAAUCCAUGAAGAACUUGGUGACGUCUAAGUCUGAUCAGGAUUUGACUUCUGUCAGAUCUCUACAUUCUGGUGGCUUAAGUUCUUAUGGCAUAAUGGAUGGGGAACAGCUGAAUGUAUCUGGAAUUACCUCUGCUCAACUUUUGACUACACCUCAUCAAACUGUUACUCGAGCUACUUUAGUAAGCUUGAAACCCAAUGAGCCUAGAAGCGUGCCUACUGGGUCUGUACCUGGUAGUUUUAGAGUUUCGGAAUCUAGCUCUCUGGUUGCUACUCCCGUAUCUCAAGCACUUGAUUCUGCAAAUCUUGUGAACUCAAAGCAAGAUGCUACUCCUAGAUACGAUAGGACGCCACGAAAACGUGCAUUCUCAGAUGUAGUAAAAUUUCUUCCCUCGCUCAAUCAUUUGGAAGUCAAUGAAGGAGCUAACAAGAGAAGGAAAAUCAUGGAACCUGCUCAUGCUCAGUUGCCUCCAUCGCAGAUGCUCAUUUCAUCUGAAACUUCUUGUAAUACUAAAAACUAUAGUUAUGGAAAUCUGAUAGCUGAAGCAAAUAAAGGCAAUGCACCCUCUAGUAUAUAUGUGUCUGUUCUGCUUCAUGUAGUCAGGCAUUGCUCGCUAUGUAUCAAACAUGCUCGACUCACUAGUCAGAUGGAUGCACUCGACAUUCCAUAUGUUGAAGAGGUGGGUCUGAGAAGUGCGUCCUCAAACUUAUGGUUUCGGCUUCCUUUUUCCAGUGGUGAUACAUGGCCAUACAUAUGCUUGCGGUUGGGGAGACCUGGAAGUAUGUAUUGGGAUGUCAAAAUCAUUGAUCCACACUUUAAAGACUUGUGGGAGCUUCAAAAGGGUAGCAAUAAUACUGCUUGGGGUUCUGGUGUUAGGAUUGCUAAUACAUCUGAUGUGGAUUCCCAUAUUCGUUAUGAUUCAGAAGGUGUUGUGUUGAGUUACAAUCAAGUGGAGGCUGAUAGUAUUAAGAAGUUAGUGGCUGAUAUUCAGAGGCUUUCAAAUGCUAGAAUGUUUGCCCUUGGAAUGAGAAAAAUACUUGGCGCCAGGACUGAUGAGAGAUUGGAAGAGAGCAAUGUAAACCCAGACAGCAGGCCUUCUGCUGGUGCCAAAUCUGUUAACGAGACACCUGAAAAGUUUUCAGAACAGAUGAGAAGGGUAUUUAGAAUCGAAGCAGUUGGAUUAAUGAGUUUGUGGUUUAGCUUUGGUUCAGGGGCACUUGCUCGCUUUGUUAUCGAAUGGGAAGCUGGCAAAGAGGGUUGUACAAUGCACGUUUCUCCGGAUCAGCUUUGGCCUCAUACAAAGUUUCUGGAAGAUUUUAUCAAUGGAGCUGAAGUUGCAUCCCUUUUGGAUUGCAUUCGACUCACUGCUGGACCCUUGCAUGCUCUUGCUGCAGCUACACGGCCUGCUCGAGCUGCUCCUGUUUCUGGAGUUCCUGCCGUUGCAGCUUCCUUUUCUUCUACUUUGAAGCAGAGUGGGUACAUGCCAUCUCAGGGUCAUCUGCUUAGCAAUUCUAACACAAACACAAGUCAAGCUUCCGCUGGUUCUGCAGGUAAUCCUGGUGCACCUACCCCUUCUGGUCUUCUUGGGAGUCACAACCAUCAUACUGCUUCAAUGUUGGCAGCAGCAGCAGCAGCUGCUGCUGCUGGGAGAGGUGGUCCUGGCAUUGUUCCAAGUUCUCUGUUGCCUAUUGAUGUUUCUGUAGUACUUCGUGGUCCAUACUGGAUUCGAAUCAUAUACCGCAAAAAAUUUGCUGUAGACAUGCGGUGUUAUGCUGGAGAUCAAGUCUGGUUGCAACCAGCAACCCCGCCGAGAGGGGGUCCAUCAGUUGGAGGAUCACUGCCAUGUCCACAAUUUCGACCUUUUAUUAUGGAGCAUGUUGCUCAGGAACUGAAUGGCAUAGAUUCUAAUUUUCCAGGAGCUCAACAAGCACUUGGACUCACAAAUUUAAGUAAUCCCAAUCCAAGCUCGGGUCCACAGCUCUCAGCUGCCAAUGGAAAUAGAACCAACCUCUCAAAUUCUGCUGCUGCAAUCUCUCGUCCUGGAAAUGCAAUGUCUGGACUUAACCGCAUAGCAAAUGCUCUUCCAGGACCUACGAAUAUAGCUCUGGUGAACCCAUUACGGAGAUCACCUGGCUCAGGAGUCCCUGCCCAUGUUAGAGGGGAGUUAAAUACUGCAAUAAUUGGACUUGGGGAUGAUGGAGGUUAUGGUGGCGGAUGGGUCCCUGUUGUGGCACUUAAAAAAGUCCUUAGAGGUAUUCUCAAGUAUCUUGGAGUACUCUGGCUGUUUGCACAGCUACCAGAGCUUUUGAGAGAGAUCUUAGGGUCAAUUCUAAAAGAAAAUGAAGGUGCGCUAUUGAACUUGGAUCAGGAGCAACCAGCCUUGCGCUUCUUUGUUGGGGGCUACGUCUUUGCUGUUAGUGUUCACAGAGUUCAACUUCUUCUCCAAGUCCUUAGUGUAAAAAGGUUUCAUCAUUCUCAACAACAGCAACAAAAUGCAGCUGCUGUCCAAGAGGAAUUAACUCAGUCUGAAAUCAGCGAGAUAUGCGACUAUUUUAGUCGUCGGGUUGCAUCAGAGCCUUAUGAUGCAUCUCGUGUUGCUUCCUUUAUUACACUUUUGACUCUACCAAUUUCAGUUUUAAGAGAAUUUUUGAAACUUAUUGCAUGGAAGAAAGGAUUGGUUCAAGCUCAAGGUGGUGAUACAGUUCCAGCACAGAAAUCCCGCAUUGAAAUUUGUCUUGAGAAUCAUGUUGGAUUUAAUGUGGAUGGGAACUCUGAAAAUUCAUCUGCGUCCAAAAGCAAUAUUCAGUAUGAUCGGGCACAUAACUCUGUCGAUUUUGCAUUGACAGUUGUUCUUGAUCCUGCACACAUACCACACAUAAAUGCUGCUGGUGGUGCUGCUUGGUUACCGUAUUGUGUGUCUGUUAGAUUGAGAUACUCAUUUGGUGAAAAUCCUAAUGUAUCAUUUGUUGGAAUGGAGGGGAGCCAUGGUGGCCGUGCAUGCUGGACACAAACUGAUGACUGGGAGAAAUGUAAACAGAGGGUAUCCCGAACUGUUGAAGUGAAUGGAUCUUCUGGUGGGGAUGCUAAUCAGGGAAGGUUGAGGGUUGUUGCUGAUAGUGUACAAAGAACACUGCAUGUAUGUCUUCAAGGGCUAAGAGAUGGCAUUGGGAUGACAUCGUGA